AUGGAAGGAGGUCGUGGGAUCGAAGUUGAAUGUCAUCAAAGACAGCAUAGGCAUGGCGGUGGGCCUCGCGCUGCUGAGGGUCGCUUGGGGUGUAGGAGUGUACAGGCGAGAUUAGCAAUACCAACACCGUAUCGCUGUGAGGAGGGGUCCAGCGGGGCGCGCCCGCAUUGGAGGAGCAUCGAAGACUCCUGGGAAGCCAUCGGCCUCUCGCCGUCUCCGUCCACCAUGAGCCUCACGUCAAGCGACACCGUCGACCACGACACCCCCAACAACAGCGACGGCUUCACCGAUGGCGGCCUCAGCGACAUCGACAACAGUGACGGAUUCACCGACGGCGGCCUCAGCGACAUCGACACCAUUGAAGCACACAGCGAGGAUGAAACUGAAGAUGAUCGCAAUGCAUUUACCAUCUACUCCACCCCAGGCGGCGUUCCUCCACGUGGUAGCUUCAGCACUGAGAUCAUCGAGGUGAUGGUGGGUGCCGAAGACAUGGCUGUCACCUACAAGGUCCACGUGGGCGUCCUCACCUUCUACUCCAAGUAUUUCAAGAUCCAACUCGAAGGCGGUGUCCAGUCUGGCCGUGGCCGCCGUGCUGCCCUCAAGCUCAAGCUGCCCUUCGCGUCCGCCCGUACGAUCGAGGUGUUUGUCCACUGGAUGUACACCCGCGACGUCCCAGAAGGCAACUCACGCGACACCUCCUCAUCCACCGGCAAGCUGUGCACGCGUGUCUUGUGCGAGCUCUGGGUCUUCGGAAACAUCUACGUGAUCCCACAGCUGCAGAACGACAUGGUGACCAAGAUCGUUGAGAGGGUGAUGCACAGUGUGUGGAAAGACUCCAACAUGCACGCCGAGUACGUCUACACUCAUGCCGACAAGACCGAGUUGAAGGAGUUGGUGAUGGACCUCAUCACCUUCAGCCUCAGCGUCAAGAAGCGCACGGUCUACAAGUACAGCUGGAUGCAGGAGCAUGAGGAGGGCCUGUCUGAGACCACGGUGGUGAAGACCCACAAGCUCACGGACCUCGCGAAGUGGGAUCUCCGCCCAUAUCACGUGUAG